CGUAGCCGGUUUCCCUGGCGGGAGGUGUCCGGGUGCCGCUAUGGCGAGCGUGCACGAGAGCCUGUACUUCAACCCGAUGAUGACCAAUGGCGUCGUGCACGCCAACGUGUUCGGCAUCAAGGACUGGGUCACCCCUUACAAGAUGGCGCUGCUGGUGCUCCUCAGCGAGCUGGGCCGUUCUGGCUCGCAGCUCGACCAGCUGGAGCGGCGGCGGCUCAACCGGCUGCUGCUGCCAUUGCUGCAGGGGCCUGACAUGCCGCUGUCGCGACUGCGCAAGGCCAUCGAGGAGUGCUGCCCCAACCUGGCCGGCUCCGUGCACAUCAGGUUAAAACUCAUAGCUGAAGGAGAACUGAAAGAUAUGGAACAAUUUUUUGAUGACCUUUCAGAUUCAUUCAGUGGAACAGAGCCAGAAGUUCAUAAAACAAGUGUCAUAGGUCUAUUUCUGCGCCAUAUGAUCUUGGCAUACAAUAAACUUUCUUUUAGCCAGGUCUACAAACUUUACACUGCACUUCAGCAGUACUUUCUAAAUGAUGAGAAAAAAUGUGGAAUUGAUGAGAAUGAUAUGGAGCUGACCAAUACAGAGGAACUGGAUGGGAAAAUGGAGAAAGAAGAACUUGAUGUACCUCUAAGGGAAGAAGAGAUAUCUUGCAGCGGGCCUCUUUCCCAGAAACAAGCAGAGUAUUUUCUUUCUCAGCAGGCUUCUCUGCUAAAGAAUGAUGAGACAAAGGCACUUACUCCUGGAUCUUUACAAAAGGAAUUGAACAACUUGUUAAAAUUUAAUCCAGACUUUGCUGAAGCACAUUAUUUAAGCUACUUAAACAGUCUCAGAGUGCACGACGUCUUCAGUUCAACACACAGCCUCCUGCAUUAUUUUGACCGUUUGAUUCUCACCGGAGCAGAAAGCAAAAGCAAUGGGGAUGAGGGUUAUGGCCGGAGUCUGAGAUACGCCGCCCUGAACCUGGCUGCCCUGCACUGUCGCUUUGGCCAUUAUCAACAAGCUGAACUUGCACUUCAGGAAGCCAUCCGGAUUGCACAGGAGUCUAAUGAUCAUGUUUGUUUGCAGCACUGCCUGAGCUGGUUACACAUCUCAGAGCAGAAGAUAUUUGAUAGCUGUGUUCUGCUGGAACACUCAGUAAACAAAUCCUUACACUUUGGUUUGCCAUACCUUGCUUCCCUGGGAAUACAGUCCUUGGUUCAGCAAAGAGCUUUUGCAGGAAAGGCUGCCAACAAACUAAUGGAUGCCUUAAAAGAUUCUGAUUUGUUGCACUGGAAACACAGCUUGUCAGAGCUUAUUGAUAUUAGUAUAGCACAGAAGACUGCAAUUUGGAGAUUAUAUGGCCGCAGCACCAUGGCGCUCCAACAAGCCCAAACACUGCUGAGCAUGAACAGCCUGGAGGCCGUGAAUGUGGGCGUGCAGCAGAAUAACACAGAGGCCUUUGCUGUAGUACUGUGUCACCUGGCUGAGCUUCAUGCAGAGCAGGGCUACUUUGCAGCUGCUUCUGAAAUACUGAAACAUCUAAAGGAGAGAUUCCCUCCCAAUAGUCAGCAUGCACAGCUUUGGAUGCUGUUUGAUCAAAAAAUACAGUUUGAAAGAGCCAUGAAUGAUGGCAGAUACCAUAUAGCAGAUUCUCUUGUAGCAGGAAUUACAGCACUUAAUAGCAUUGAAGGAAUGUACAGAAAAGCCAUUGUAUUGAAAGCCCAGAAUCAAAUGUUAGAAGCACACAAGCUUUUGCAGAAAUUGUUGAUCCACUGCCAGGAAAUCAAGAACACCGAGAUAGUGAUUAGUGUGCUGCUGUCAGUAGCAGAGCUCUACUGGAGAUCUUCGUGUCAUACCAUUGCUUUGCCUGUCCUGCUGCAGGCUCUUGCCUUCUCUCGAGAAUAUAGUCUGCAAUACUUGGCUUCUGAGACCGUGCUGAACUUGGCUUUCUCCCAGCUGAUCCUUGGCGUUCCUGAACAAGUCCUGAAUAUUUUGCACAUGGCAAUAGAACCUGGCUUGGCCCAUGGAGCUGUGCUAGACAAAGGCUGCGCCAUGUUCUUGGUGGCCAAGUGUCAGGUGGCUUCUACAGCUUCCUACACUCAACAAAAGAAGGCUGAAGCUUUGGAAUCUGCUAUUCUGAAUCUGAACGAAGCUAAGACUUACCUUGCCAAGGUGGACUGCAAAGAGCAGCUCAGAGAUGUUCUUUACUUCCAAGCCCGGCUGUUCCACACCCUAGGCAAGACCCAGGAAAGGAACAAAUGUGCCAUGUUGUUCCGUCAGUUGCACCAGGAACUGCCCGCUCACGGUGUCCCCUUAAUAAAUGCCUUCAAGUGAAGCGUUCAGAGAUGAGACGUGGUUGUUUUCCUCUUUUGUACAAAUGUCUUUUGACUAUAUUUAACCAUCCGUGUUUCAAUAAAUCAUGGUGUUCUGUGGAACAAGCCUGUAUGUUGCUCGCAGUGACGUAGGGGAAAGUAUAGGUUUCCAUCCAUUUCACUUCUAGUCUGUGCUUGAAACUAAGAAUAAGAAUUGAACAUAAAAAAAGACUCUUGACUGCAACACAAACACGCUGAGGGGAGCAGCACAGUCACGAUGAAAUAAUACCUGCUCUUAGUGGUGACGUAUUUGGAAGCAUUGCUGGCUUUGUGAGCUCAGGUACAAAAAAUAGUGGAAAAUGUAGGCGAGGCUUGUGUGCUUGGUUUCAGUGGUACAAAAUGGAGAGUCUCAAUGAAAAUGGUUCCUUGCAUUUAACCUGUCUACAGGCACUGUUUACUUUUCAGAAACAGGUGGUGCUGGCAGAAGGGAAAAACAGGAUUCGGUUGGAAAGGUGUAAUGGUGCAAAGUCCCAGCGCUGCUGUGUUAGAUGUGUUCUUGUGCAAAGAGUGGCUGAGAAACAUUAAGUGUGCUGAACAGGAGCCCUAGCUCAGCUGAAACGGGUUUGUUUGGCUCAUAGGUGCUGGGUAUAAUUGAUCUGAGCUGGCUUUGUGUAUGAACAAAUGAGCACCACAGCUAACCUUGUGAGAAAGGACUGGCAGCCCUGUCCUCAGCGGGCCGAGUCCCUUCACAGUGCUACUACAUAAAAGCUGCACAUCAUUAGUGUAAACAAUUGAAAUAUCCUGCCAGGAAGUUCUAGAUGAGCCCGUGGUAUUGUUAGCCACGAGGAAGCAAGUUCAGAACUAAACCUGACUGCUGGAGCUCAGCCACGUGUGGCUGGAAGCACUGAGGUUGAAGCACGGGUGGCCCAUCAAGUCUCAUUAAUUACUGCUGUGAGAGGGCUGCUGGAAGGUAAUUGGUGCUUCCCCUUAUUGAAGUGAGAAGUCAGCAGAGUUGCCAGGUGGGAAUGCUGAUUUUAGUGGCUCAUAUCAGUCAGUGCUUAAGAGAUGGAUCCAUGGAGUUGGUCCAUUGUUGGGACGAGAGAUAAUGGCCUGAAGUUGUGGCAGGGGAGGUUCAGGAUGGAUGUUAGGAACGAUUCCCAAAGAGUGGUCAGCACUGGCACGGGCUGCUCAGAGACGUAGGGGGUCACCAUCCCUGGAAAUGCUCAAGAACUGUAGGGAUGUGGCACUGAGGGACGCGGUCAGUGGGCAUGGGGUGGUGGGUUGGGUUGGACUGGGUGCUCCUGGAGGUCUCCUCCAGCCUUACUGUGAUUCCAAAGUGUUUGCAGCGCCUACAGCUCAACAGCGCGUGCCACAACCGCCGGGCUGUCGCUGCAACAGGGACGCGGCCACGGGUCCAUCCAGCGCUGCACGAGGAGAGCUUUUGGCCCCGAAGACUACGCGGGUGAGCUCAGCAGAAGAACGGCGCUCGGUGAGAACGAGAAAACUCCCAAAUAUUUGCCGGAAUAGAGCCAGGAGAUGAUUUAGAGGGGCCGUGACGCCUUGCGGGUGGGAACGGCGCCGCGUCCCGCUAGGUGGGAAA